AUGGAAAACACCAAAUCAGAGCCCGACUUGACAAAGAUCCACGAAGCAGUCGACGCUGCACUCGCCAAAAUUCACGAUGCGCAAAUCGACAACCACGACCCCAGCAAAACCAAGGAAGACACCAAUCGCGACCUCAUGGAAGCAUCAAACUUACUGACCCAAGCCAAAGAGAACAUUGCUGCGCAGUCCAUCGACACCAAGAUCGGCCAUGCUGUUGACUUCGUCGUAGCUAAGAUCGAUAGCCUUCCCAGAGAUCAUGUCAUCGAAGGAGCACCCAACGUUCACGCCCCAGACUGGCCUGAUAUACGCGACGACCUCAUCAAGCAAGUCAAGGUUCGCCUCGAAGCUUACUUCUUCCAGCUCGAAGAAGGUAUGCUCAUGACUCUUGGCCCCAAGGUCUUCGAAUCUCAGGCUAGAAGAGAGGCCUCGGUUGUCGUCUUUGGAAAAGUGCAGGAGAUGCCAGAGAUACUGUCCAAAGGCCUCUGA